AUGCGGAGGGCAGUAGGCUGUGUGUGGGAGUCCAUAGAUAUGCGAGGCGAUACCCAUCGCAAGAGUCUGUGCUGUUCUGCGACUGCACAAUUCGCUACAUCAACGAAGCCUCGCCACUCAAACUACCAGUCGAGCCUCGCCAGGAUGGUGCAGAAGCGCGGUCCUUCAGGGAACUCGUUCCGAUCAAUCAUGGUGGCGACGGCCAUCAGCCUGGCUGGGCUGUUGUACGGGCUGGACACUGAAAUCAUCGCAACAACGAUCGCUCACGACAGCUUCAAGAGAUACAUGUACGGUUCGCUCGCCACGAAUACGCCUAUUCAAGGCGCCAUUGUAUCUGGCUACUAUGCCGGUAGUGCCGUUGGCUCCGCUGCAGCAUCUUACUGCAUGGGCCGCAUGAGUCGCCGCUGGAGUCUGCUAUUCGGUUCAGUUGUCAGCAUCAUUGGUGCAAUUCUCCAGGCUGCGGCUUAA